AAAGCAGCCUCUCUCCUGCUGCUCCAAAGAAGCGAGGCAGCUUCGCCUCCACUGGGAAGGCGGAGCUGGAGGCGGGGAGGGCUCUUGCGCAUGCGGGCUGGGCCAGGCUUUCUAGUAGGCGCUUGUCCCGUCAGAGGCUCCGGGUUUUCGGGGGGUUUGUUUUGUUUUUUGAUGAAGGGAAUGAGGGGGAGGAAGGACAGACCUAAGGUAGGCCUCUGGAAACUGCUCCUCGCUCGUGCUCGGGCCCCGGGAAGUAAUUAAGCAGCGAGUUUUUGGUGUUUUGCUCACUGGUUACCCCCUUCCUGAGGUGAAAAGGGGGGCCCUGCCUUACCAGAAACUAUGGCAAUGACUGGUCCAGCACCUUGCUCAUCUAUGAGCAACCAUACCAAGGAGCGAGUUACAAUGACAAAAGUGACAUUGGAAAACUUUUACAGUAAUCUGAUUGCACAGCAUGAAGAACGGGAGAUGAGACAAAAGAAGUUAGAAAAAGUGAUGGAAGAAGAAGGCUUGAAAGAUGAAGAGAAAAGAAUGAGGAGGUCAGCACAUGCCCGAAAGGAAACAGAAUUUCUGCGCCUAAAAAGAACAAGGCUUGGUUUAGAAGAUUUUGAGUCUUUAAAAGUAAUAGGCAGAGGAGCAUUUGGAGAGGUACGGCUUGUUCAGAAGAAAGAUACGGGACAUGUGUAUGCAAUGAAAAUUCUACGCAAAGCAGACAUGCUUGAAAAGGAGCAGGUUGGUCAUAUUCGAGCAGAGCGUGAUAUCCUAGUAGAGGCAGACAGCUUGUGGGUUGUAAAAAUGUUCUAUAGCUUUCAGGAUAAGGUAAACCUCUACCUAAUCAUGGAGUUUCUACCUGGAGGUGAUAUGAUGACUUUAUUAAUGAAAAAGGAUACUCUGACAGAAGAAGAGACCCAGUUUUAUAUAGCAGAAACUGUGUUAGCUAUAGAUUCAAUCCAUCAACUGGGUUUUAUUCACCGUGAUAUCAAGCCAGAUAAUCUUCUUUUGGACAGUAAGGGCCAUGUGAAGCUCUCAGAUUUUGGUCUCUGCACUGGAUUAAAGAAAGCACACAGAACAGAAUUCUAUAGAAAUUUGAGCCACAAUCUUCCAAGUGACUUCACUUUUCAGAAUAUGAACUCUAAAAGGAAAGCAGAAACUUGGAAACGAAACAGACGUCAGCUGGCCUUCUCUACUGUGGGAACUCCAGAUUAUAUUGCUCCAGAGGUCUUCAUGCAGACAGGCUACAACAAACUUUGUGACUGGUGGUCACUUGGGGUCAUCAUGUAUGAAAUGCUGAUUGGUUACCCACCUUUCUGUUCAGAGACUCCUCAAGAAACAUACAAGAAAGUGAUGAAUUGGAAAGAGACCCUUAUAUUCCCUCCUGAAGUUCCAAUCUCUGAGAGAGCCAAAGAUCUUAUUCUAAGAUUUUGCUGUGAAUGGGAACACCGAAUUGGUGCUUCAGGUGUUGAAGAGAUUAAAACAAACCCCUUUUUUGAAGGAGUUGAUUGGGAGCAUAUCAGGGAGAGACCAGCUGCAAUAUCCAUAGAAAUAAAAAGUAUUGAUGACACAUCCAACUUUGAUGAAUUUCCAGAAUCUGAUAUUCUUAAACCAGCAGUCACCACAAGUAACCAUCCAGAGUCAGACUACAAGAAUAAAGAUUGGGUCUUUAUCAAUUACACCUACAAACGUUUUGAAGGCCUGACAGCGCGAGGGGCAAUACCAUCCUAUAUGAAAGCAGGAAAAUAGUGACUCAUGCUGGACCUAUUUCUGGGCUGUCGUUCUUGUUUAGUGACUCAGUUUUUUCCUACUGCUGUUUAAAAGCUUUACCUGAAGGCUGUGAAAUCUUGAAAGUGAUGCAGGAUAAUAUUUUAUACACUCUGUUUACAUUACAAUGGAUUCAUCUAUAGAAGAUUUACAUAAGCUCUGCUUGUCUGCAUUUAUGGAUUUUAUUAUGGAUUCUGGCUUCAGUUGAAAAUCUUAAGACUGUUACUUCAUCAAAAGGAGGAGAGAGCUACUUUUUUUGUACUAAUUUCACAAUGCAUAGCAUACGUUUGUUUUCCCUCUGUGUUCUGCCUUAAAGGUGUUGUGUAAAAUUACAACACUGCUCUAAGGGCUACAACUUAGUAUAGGAAACAGCAAUAACUUGUAUGGUCCAAUUCUCAGUAACUUAUCUAAAAGAGGGAACCACCUGUAUUGCCUUAAUGGUCACUCUAGUAUUCUAUACUUUGUUCAAAAGCAUUUUGCGUAGCAUAUUUUCAAUCCAGCAAUAGCUUCAAAAGCUGCUGCACUUUAUUGUUGGUACUGGAAUAGUGGACAUAAUGUAUUAAGAUUUUUUUCUUUCUUAAUUUUGGAUUUGUGGAACAUUAUUCUUUCUAUAAGCAUUGUCAGAACAUGGGUGUGUAUGUGUGAUCUCUUGAAAAAAAAAUCAUUUUAUGUAGUAUUUAUGUUACCAGAUAAAGCAGAUCACCAGUAAUAACAAUA